UAUUUGCAAGCAAGCAAGCAGAUUGACACCUGACAAAUGACAACAAAUGUCAAAACUUGACAUUUGAGUAGUGUUUUGGGUUGUGCUUGUCAGCUUGUGCCAUUUCCAAUACAACAAAAUAGAUUUCGGUUUCGUACUUCUCGCAGUAAUCUUCAAAUAACCAAUUUUCAGACAUGGGUCGCCGAAAAUCGAAAAGAAAGCCUCCGCCAAAGAGGAAAGCUAUCGAGCCGUUGGAUCAACAAUUCAACUGCCCAUUUUGCAACCACGAAAAGUCGUGUGAGGUGAAAAUGGAUCGAGCCAGGAAUACGGCUCGGAUACAGUGUCGAGUUUGUUUAGAAGACUUCCAGACUACUACAAACGUGUUAUCCGAGCCCAUUGAUGUAUACAAUGACUGGGUGGAUGCCUGUGAGAGCGCCAAUUAGUUUUAUGCCAUUGGUUAUUUUAAGUUAUAAAUAUUUUUAAUCUCACCAAUGUUUUUGGUCUACUAGACAUUUUCAAGCUUAAUUUUAUGUGACUAGUAUAUAUAUAUAUGUAUACAUUUCAUUUUGUAUGAUAAUGCAAAUAAUUGCAUUUAUACUAUAUGGAGAAUGACGUGGAUUAUUUUACUGUAAUGUAACAUCAAGUAUAAGGAAUAAUAAACUCUGAAAGAACAAA